UUACAACUUCCCAUUUCACUGCUUUCUCUCUGUGUCACCAUCCUUUCUUGUUUGUUUGUUUGUUUGUUUGUUUCCCUAGAAAAUGGCUGUGGGAAGAGGCAGUGCAGUUGUGGCCGUAGUUCUGGUGCUGUGCCUUGUGCUUCCAUGUGACAUUGUUGAUGCAGCCACCUUCACUGUUGGUGGUGCCAGCGGCUGGACCUUCAAUGUUGUUGGCUGGCCUAAGGGAAAGCGUUUCAAGGCUGGUGAUGUGCUUGUGUUCAACUAUAGCCCUUCGGCUCACAAUGUGGUGGCGGUGAACAAGGCCGGGUACAAUGGGUGCACCACGCCUCGAGGUUCCAAGGUGUACCAGACAGGGAAAGAUCAGAUCAAGCUGGUGAAGGGGGCCAACUAUUUCCUCUGCAAUUUUCCUGGGCAUUGCCAAUCUGGAAUGAAGAUAGCAGUAACUGCUACUUAAUAUCUACACACAUAUGAAGCAAAUAAUAUGGAGUUGCAUCUCCUUCUACAUAUAUAUUGAUUCUAUCAUCAUAAUACAAGAGGCCUUAUGCUAGUUUUUAAUAUUUGUACGUACGGUUCAACCUUAGCUAGCUAGCUCAAGUGAGAAGUGACUUUUCAGUAUCUUUAAUAUCAUAAAUAAAGUUGCAGUUGGUUGACAAUA